UUGUUUCUAUGACAACAGCGCUCGGAAAAAUGUUCCUUUGUGGUUGAAGAUCCACAACAUGGAAAUGCACAUUUGGAUUAUGGAUACAGCGGAUAAUUUCAUUGUCUAGUUUUCUACGGAAACUCCUGCGAUUUAUUUUUCCGGACUGAUGAUGGGUGUUCGAGUGCGGAAAGGAAUGAUUAAAUUUGCGGUAUACUCAUGACGUCUUCUUCGUGGCAAGAGUGGACGGCUCGAUUGCGUGCAUACGUCGGCUGGCUGAACUCCCAGCUGCGCAAAGAGGAAGGGAGUCGUCGGGUAAGCGACCUGCGCAACGACCUCCGAGACGGUGUCAUCCUCGCUCAGCUCGUCGCCACGCUCGGAGGAGACGUUGUUCCUGGAAUCGAUCCUCAUCCAAGAACAGAAUCUCAUGCAAAAGAGAACGUUGAGCGUCUUUUCCGAUUCCUCAUACGGAAGGGCGUACCACUCCACGCAAUAACUCCUAAAGAAGUGUGUGACGGAGAUUUAAAAGCAAUUAUGAGACUGGUUCAUGCCGUUGCAUCUCACUAUAAACCAGACACGGUUUUAAACCCUCCGCGCCCAAUAGUAAGCCGGAAGGAAGAAGUAAAGCCCCCGAAGAAGUCCUGUAAAGUUUCCCCUUUGCAAUUUUCUUCGAACCUACGCCCUCAGCAGCAAAACUCCAAAAGCGAGCCUUCUUCUCUUGACGACGCUUGUAGAAUUUCAGAAGUAUUUGUUGAGCAGCUACUGAAAGACGUGCAACUGGCAAAGAGACAACUGUUACUUCUGCAGGAAACAUUGUCCAAUGGAAAACUAGAACGAACACUUUCUCUGCAAAAUACUUCAAUACCGGUAAGAAAAAAAUCAUGA